AUGGAGACAGCAAGAGAUGGCGAGCCAAGUAUUCGACUGCGGAUCGUCGAGCAAAUUGGCAGUGUGAGCGUCAAGCUUGUGGACAAUUAUGGCUCGACGUUCUUCGAACCCCAGAGAGAGAUGAAUGACCCUUCGAAGAGCGUGGACCAGGACGACGAUUCAGCUGGGCCGUGCAGAAUCCAUGGCGUUGUCGAAGCUCCCGAGAAGAAGCUGACGCUCUUCGCGCUCCGGCUUGCUGUCAUCGAGAAGGCCGCCAGUGGCCUCGGAACGCUAGGCUUCAUAUGGGCCACCGUGGUUCUCCUGGGAGGCUUCGCCAUCGCGCUCGAGAGGACAGACUUCUGGUUCAUCACCAUCAUCCUUCUCAUUGAAGGCGCCCGCAUCUUCAGCCGGAGUCAUGAGCUUGAGUGGCAGCACCAGGCCACCUGGUCCCUCACCGAGGCCGGCCGGUCGAGCUUCAGAGCUCUCAAGUCCAGCUCCCGCGUCCUCCUCCAAUCACUGAAGCUCGUUUUCCGGCCAUUCUCGAUUCAGACCACGAGAAUGCCGAGCAACGUCCACAUGAUCAACGACCUGAGUUCGCAAGUCGCUCCUUCGCCGCCGCCACGGACAUGGCACACCCGUGACGUCCCCAUCCUCCCGUUCUCCGGAUGGGUUUUCCUCCCCCGGAACGUCAGCCGACUGCUCUACUGGCUGCAGUUGCUCGCGGCCUCUUCAUGCAUCUCCCUCUCGCUCAUGCGGCUGGUGAAGCAGGACUUCGGCGAGCUGCCUCCGGGCGACCCCGACAAGAAGAACCGCAAGGCGGCGCUCAACAUCUUCUACAGCCUGGCGCUCGCGGAGGCGCUCCUGUUCCUGGCCGAGAAGGCCUACUGGGAGUGGAAGGUGAGCUACCGCCUGCUGCUUGAGGAGGUGAACAGGGAGUGCCACCUCGGCGCCACCGGCAUGGUGUCCAUCAAGAGGUUCUUCUACGACGCCUACUCCAAGUGCAUCGAGGGGAGCAUCUUCGACGGGCUUAAAAUGGACCUCGUCACCUUCGCGGAGGAGCUCCUCGGGUCGAGUUCCCGCGACGAGCAGCUUAUCGGAGCCCGCAUCCUGCUCAAAUUCUCCACCAGCCACCGCUUUGCCGACGGCACCCUGCGCAAGAUUGGCACGUCGACUCCGGUCAUCGAGAGGCUCAUCGAGAUGCUGAAUUGGAAGAACCCAGCCGAGGAGGAGAUCAGGAGGUCAGCUGCGGUCAUCAUCUCCAAGCUCGCCGGAAAGAAGCAGAAUGCUCUCCGAGUGGCCGGCAUUCCUGGAGCCAUGGAAUCAACCUCUUCAUUGCUGUACACAGGUGGAAGCACCUCGAAUUCAAGGCCUGAUGAGGUAUGCCGCCUGUGUGCCGCCGCGGACAAUACCAACCACGAGUUCUCGGUGUUCAACCUGUUAGGCCUGCUGAUACUGAAGAAGCUCACCAAGGAUCAUGAUAACUGUGCAAAGAUUGGCCACACCAGAGGACUACUAGCUAAGAUCAUAGACUUCACCAGUGGCGGGGAGAAGCUGAAGAUGAAAGAGAGCACAACUGAGUCGCAUGUCAAGGCAAUGAAGAGGUCACUGCAGGUGGUGAAGAUGCUUGCAAGCACGACAGGGCAAACCGGGAAGGUGCUCCGGCAGGAGAUAUCGGAGAUCGUAUUCACUAGCAGCAACAUCAGGGAAAUCUUGCAGUACGGGGAGAGCCACAUAAUGCUUCAGAAGCUAGGAAUUGAGAUCCUAACGAGCCUUGCAAUGAACGAGGAGGCAAGGGAGAGGAUUGGCAACACAGGGGGGAUGAUUAAGGAGCUGCUGCGGAUCUUCUUCAAGGAUGGAUACACCCAGCAGCAGAAGGCAUUGAAGGUGGAAGCAGGGGAGGCGCUUGCGAUGAUGGCAUUGGAGAGCAAGAACAACUGUUACAGGAUUCUGAAAGAGAGGAACAUCGUCGAAAAGCUCGUUGAAGCACUGGAUGAUCCGGUGCUUUGGAUAAAUUCGGCGAGGAUCCUUUGCAACUUGUGCAAGUAUGUUGGCAAUGAGUACUUCUGUCUGAGAGGAGUCACUGCAGGCAUUAGCAUGGUUCUGAAUGCAAUCAUGACAGCAGAGAUGAAACAGCUGGAGGUAUCUCUUGGUCUUGCCAUACAAGUUUACAGAUUCAUGGAUGCUCAAGAAUAUGCCAAGCAACUAGAACAACACAGCAUUAAGGAUGUGGAUUUUGCAGAGAGACUGGUGAAAAUACUUCAGAAGUAUGACUCCCCAUGUCCCAAGGUGCCCAGAAUAAGGAGAUUUGUACUAGAAAUCACAAUCUGGAUGAUGAACUCUGAUAGAAAAUAUAUCAGAUUCUUCACUGAACUAGGUAUGGAGAAGGAGCUUGAAUGUGUCUCAGAAACCACAUCAGAGCUCGAAUGCUUCGAUGUAUUUUCUGGCAGUGUGGGACUGAGCCGGCACAACACACCACUUUGCGCCCUUGUGGACAUUGCAUUAGAGUUGCUGAAUACAAGCUGAAUAAGCAAGAAUGUUCACAUUUGAAUAAUCACAUUCUUUUUCAUAAGAGUUGUAUUUAUUCAUUGAUAAAUGAGGCCAAUGAUGUUGUACAUAUAUUAAAAUGUAUGAUUAAUUGAAAAAAGUCCUCAAAAGUUCUUGGGCUGCAUUUUGUUUUCACUACAGUGGAUAUUAUCUGUGCAUAAUUCUUCGUAAUCUUAAAAGAAAAUGUUUCAACUUGGGACUGCAUAUUGAAGUCAUAGUUACACCAUUAUGAUGACACUGUGACCCUGUUGGUAUCAUAAAAAGUUAUAGAGGCCUCCCUUUUAUCAUAGGAAUAUUAGCACGAGGAUCAAUUUUGCGUCUAGGUAAUUUGAAGUGCAUAAGUCACUGAUAUUGCAGUUGAAAUUCACUUUUAAAUGGCUGAAUGGUAAGUUUUUGCUAGUUGUUCUGGUUGUGGUGUUUUAAGAGUAGGGCAUCCUUCUUCGCUUGCAUUGUGGUUCAUAAUAUCUAUAAGCAGCUCACUGGGUGCUGCACCUGUAAUACCCCUUGUUUAAUCCUAUAUCAGACGUAGGAGAAUAAUUGAAUUGGAUUACAAAGGCUUGAUGGGUGUACUACUGUUACCUUAAGCAUUUUGGACAUUGCGAGGGGCCUGAGAAUUUUAUUAUUGGUUUCAUCGACUGAAAACUAAAACUUAUAUGACUGAAAAUUAAGACAAUCAACUUCAUUUCA